GCCUCGGCAUUGUCCAUGCAGAAGCGACAAAAUUAUGAUCAGCCGAAGUGAGGGGCGUUCCAACUUGAAGUUCGCAUAGGAACGUGACGAGCAUGACGCCAGUUCUUGUCGAUCUCAACCAGGAUGAACACGCACCAGUCCCAGGCGCUGAAAGCGAUGUCAUCCACCAGCUCGCGUUACUAUGGUACAAGUUGAGACUAGCUCGAAAACUCGGAGUGCAACUUUGCAUCGAUUUGACUCCCCAUGCUCAGGUCACCAGAUAGAGACACGAUCUCCCCUUAGCCAGCCUUACAGCCCUCUUAAUGGCUGCGAUAACUGGAUCUCAUCGGAACCAUGGCCACGCAACCAAUCAGACGAAUGCGGGGGAAUGCACCUCAACCUGCGCGUGUUCCUGACUGGCACACAUGCCAAGCCCACUUUCAAAGCCGCACUGCAGCCACCUGGACCCUGGGAAAGAAGCACCUGCAUCAGCUGCACGACACUCUUGCACUUGCGCUGGCACCAAAGAAGCACAUCUUGCAGUCAUCGACUCAUGAAUGGCGAUCCAGAAGCAGGGACAGCGCCCUCCGGCUCAAGUGAUAUGAACUGUGAACGUGAUAUAUGGUGGGUCCAAAUCAACAGGUUCGCGCCAACUUGACGGUGAGUCUCCUCCCGUUUGCAGCAACGAUCAGCCUGGCUUCGCGCCUCCCGGGCCUUGGCUCUCGGUCUAUUUACUUUUGCGGGGAAAGCAUUUCGUAAAGCCCCGCUGUUCUUCUACUUAAGCUUGUUGUCGCCCUG